CUUUUCACAACAAAUGCAAAAUAUGCAUUCUUUCUACUUAGAACCUAUCAUGUUUGCUCUCUUAUGACUUCAACAUUAAUGUUUGUAGGUAUCAUUCUUAACAUUUAAUUCGACAGCCAAAAAUUAGGGAAGUAACUGUUAACAAAAAUUGGGAAGUUGCGAUAUUUCUUUCAUCUUUGAAUUACCUUUAACCCAAGCAACGUUAUAACCUAUAAAGUCCUCUAAAUGUGUGUACUCAUAACAUGGUAAUUGAUUGUUGAGAAACAAUUGCUUCAUUAGCAAUCUCUUCAAUUUUAUUCAGAUCAAUUACUCAUGCAUCAAACCAUUAAAUUAACCAUAUUUUUUUUUUAGAAAAAUCAAUAUCCAAUAUAAGAAUCGAUUAAUAUGAUACAAGACGACCAAUCUCACUACCCAUUUGAGAGUUCCAUUUAAAGCCUGAGUUUUUUUUUUUUUUUUUAUGGAUUUUGUCCACCAAAAUUGAUAUUAUGAAGAGUCGAACUUGAGACUUAUAGUAACCAACCCUAACUUUGUGUGUCACUUUUUCCAUGAUUUUAUGGUUAUCUUCAAAAGUCGACUUUUGUAAUGUCAAAUUAAUCUAUGUAGUUGGUCACUUGCUAGAGAACUGUCCUCCAAAUUACUCCGGCAGUAAUUGAUAGAAUCUCCGUUCCGAUGUUUCAUUACCACCGCCUCAGAACUCUGUUCUUCUACUCUCAAACCCCAAAAUGUUACCUCCUUCACCCAACCCAUUUUCUCAAACCAUUCUCCACCUCCACCACCACUUCAGAUUCAGAUCAACAAUCUUUCACUGUUUCCUACCUCACCAACAUUUGUGGUUUAUCAACACAAAACGCUCUUAAAGCAUCAAAACGACUUCGUUUCAACACCCCCAAAAAACCCGAUUCAGUUAUGGCUUUUUUCAAAACCCACGGUUUCUCCAAUGAUCAGAUACAAUCCAUCAUUCACACAGCACCAUCACUCUUAACAUCCAAACCCAUCAAAACCAUUUUGCCAAAGUUUCAAUUUUUAUCAUCCAAAGGUGCUUCUCCAUCUGACAUUGUUGACACCGUCACCAAAAGCCCCCAUUUUUUGUGUUCAAGCCUUCAGAAACAGAUAAUCCCUUCUUUUGAAUUGGUAAGAAGUUUCUGUCCCUCUGAUCAAAAAGCUCUUACUUCAAUAACUGCUUGUUCUUCUUCCAUUAAAUAUGGCCGCAUGAGACUAAAUGUCAAAUUUUUGCUUGAUCUUGGGGUCACUUCUUCAGGCAUUUACCGUUUGCUUACUACUAGACCUUCUGUAAUUUGUUCUGCUAAUUUGAAAAAGUAUGUUGAAGAGAUUAAGGAAUUAGGGUUUAAUCCUUCUAAAUGCAGUUUUUGUGUGGCAUUAUUGGCCAAAACGGCCGUCACCAAAUCCCAAUGGGAUGCAAAAGUUGAUGCUUUGAAGAGUUGGGGUUUUUCUGAAGAUGAAAUUUUUAAUGCUUUUAAAAAACAGCCUAAUUUUAUGCUAAGGUCUACGGACAAACUUAAUGCGGUGAUGCGUUUUUGGAUCAAACAGCUUGGUUGGGAUCGUUUAUUGCUUCUGGUAGCUCCCGAUCUUUUCGGAUUUAGCAUAGAGAAAAGGCUUAUUCCAAGGGCUUCUGUUGUUCAGUAUCUUCUUUCCAAAGGUUUGAUGAAGAAGAAUGCCAGCUUAAUUACACCAUUUUAUUGUUCUGAUCAGGUGUUCCUGCAAAGAUAUGUGAAUAAUUUUGAGGAGGAAGCAUAUAGGAUAUUAAAGCUAUGUCGGGGGGAGGAUGCUAGCACGGAUUGCCUGGAUAAGCAGUAAAAGCAUAUUUGGUGUAACUGUAUAAACCAGCCAUACUACGUAUGAUCAUGUAUUCAUGUUCUAUUUUAACUGUGUUGUUUCUUUUGCUUAGUAAUUUGGAACCUUUUUGGCUUUUAGUCACAGUUCUAGUUUAGCCCUUUUGGCCAAUUAUCCCUAUUUUUUGUUAACUUUGUACUUAAUUGAUGCAGAAUUAUUGGUUUUGUGGUUGGA